AUGGCCGCCUCCACCCUGUCCGUCUGCUCCAGCGACCUGAGCUACGGCAGCCGGGUCUGCCUGCCCGAGUCCUCCUGGCAGGGGGACGACUACCCCGAGAGCUGCUGCGAGCCCCCCUGCUGCGAGCCCCCCUGCUGCGAGCCCCCCUGCUGCACCCCCAGCUGCUGCGCCCCCGCCUCCUGCCAGACCCUGAUGUGCGCCCCGGUGAGCUGCGGGUCCAGCUCCUGCGAGCCCUCGUGCUGCAGCUGCUCCCCCUGCCAGCAGGCCUGCUGCAUGCCCGUGUGCUGCAAGCCCAUGUGCUGCACACCUGUCUCGUGCACACCUGCCUGCUGCAAGCCUGUGUGCUGCACGCCCAUGUGCUGCACGCCUGUCUCGUGCACACCUGCCUGCUGCAAGCCUGUGUGCUGCACACCCAUGUGCUGCACGCCCGUCUGCUGCAAGCCCGUCUGCUGCAAGCCCGCGUGCUGUGUGCCUGUCUGCUCGGGGUCCUCCCCCUGCUCGGCCUCCUCCUGCUGCCAGCCCAGCCCCUGCCCCCCGCCCUGCUGCAAACCCUCCUCCUGCGUGUCCCUCAUCUGCAGCCCCGUGUGCAAACCCGCCUGCUGUGCCCCCGCCCCCUCCUGCCAGCCCAGCUGCUGCCGCGGGGCCUCCUCCGUGUCCCUGCUCUGCCAGCCCGCGUGCCCCCGCUCCACCUGCUGCUGA